AUGCAACAUUAUGGUGUACGUUUUUUCAUCACUCACGAGGUUGACUGGAAGUUCUGGAAGUUCCGUCCUAAGAAGCAGUGCCAUGCACAGAAUUCCGCGACACGGACAACAGUUUAUUUGGUUGUGCUCUCAGCUUCAUUCACAAGUAAAGACUUUUCGAAGUGGGAGAAUUCUGUUUACAUGAAUAGCGAGGAAAUCGUUCUCAGCGAUUCUGAGUCAGAAAAUAUGACUUUUGUUAUCACCAUUUUAAAAGUCAUUUUUCAAAACAUCCAGAUUCUACUGAUAUUGUGUUCCCUUGUUUUGCUUAGUUGUGCCAGCCACCUUAUGUUGCCGUUUUGUCCUUCAUCUAUAAAAAAUGUGCGGAUUGCUGUGUACUAUUUGGCCAUCAUUGGAUUUGUCAGUGCGGUUUUGGCACUUGUCGGUAUGCGAUGUUGCAGUGCGGUUUAUAGAAAAAGGAGUCGGAUUUGUAAACAUGCUUUUCCUCCAGUAAUUCUUUUAUUUCCAUCUUAUUUGGUUCAGGUUGGCAUAGUAUCACUUUUUGGCAUUUGGACGGUACGGCAAGUUUUUUCGUUAUACUGUGAAUUCCGAAAAAGCCGUGAAAGAAAUGUUCACACCAGUGGGGCUCUUAUUAAUAUCGCACCGCCUUUAGCACUUGUUUGGAUUACCGUGCUUUAUUUUCUGACAGCUUCGUUCGAUUACGCUUUUUAUGCUUUAAGAAAGUCUCGUUUCUGGCGCCGUUAUCCUGUGCCCUCCGUAGUACUUACCAGGUGCAGUGAUGCUAACGCUGUUUUGGGUCCCAACUAUAAAUGGCAUCCUAGAAUUCUUUCUAAAGAAGUAAAGGAACCCCCUUGUGUGCCCAGAGGCGAAGAUCGAAGCGAACAUUCUUUUAUAAGGGAUUUGCAUUCUGCUGCGUUAUUUCAUAACAGCAGAGAGCUCGAGCAUUUGGCUACCACUUCUUUGCCGUCGUCUGUCUCGGAUGGGAAAAUGGAGGUUAUAAGAGAUUGUAUCAAUAUGUUAAGUUCACACGUAACUCAUGUAAGGCGGGGACUUGAUACCGUUUAUGAAGAUCCAGAAACAUGCGGAACUAUUAAGGCUAUGAAAUGA